CCCACCAACCAUUUUCCUUUCACAUCUACACAUUGCUAAUUCUAUCUCAAUCAAAAUCUUGUCUUUCACACAACAGGAUCCAGCCAUGUUUAGAUCCACAAGCACUCGGAGAGGCCCUGCAAAGUAUGAGAAAUUAGAUAAAGAAUCAGCUGCCAAUGGGAAUUCAAAUGAAGAGUUCAAGAGGAGCACAAGUUUUCCUUCUCAGUCAUCCAGUUCAUCAAAAAAAAUGGCUCUGGGUUCAACCUUUGGAGACAUCAAUCUACAGAGAAACCCCACAAAGAAGGCCGAUAAUAAUCCUAAGGAGAAGAGUCACCCACUCUUUAGCUUCUUCGAUCUUCGCAGGAAGAAGAAAACAACAGCUAAGCCUGAAUUCGCUAGGUAUCUUGAGUACUUGAAGGAAGGAGGCAUGUGGGAUUCGAAUUCCAAUGAACCUGUAAUCUAUUAUAAGUGAUAGUUUGCUUAGGUUUCUGAGUUCAAAUGUUGGUACUUCCUGUAAGAACUAGAGUUU